AUGGACGCGCGCGGGGCGACGCGCGCGCGCGCGAUCCGAGACGCGGCGUCGGCGGGGGGGGAAUCGUCGUCGGGGAAGACGCCGAGCGAGGGGACGGGGAACGAGUGCGAAGGGUUCGGAGACCCGAACGCGAGCGGGUUCAGUUUCAGCGCGGCGUCGAGCGCGGGCGGGGAACCGUUGAGCAGCGAUGAGGGCGCGCGCGCGGACGCCGCGCGGAGGCUGACGCGGUUGGAGUCGCUGACGCAGUUGCGAGAGCUGUACGGGACGGUGGUGGAGUGCGAAAAGUCGCUCGCGAACGACUUCUUCGUGGUGCACGCGGACGCGGAUGGGAACGAGUCGAAUAAGUUGUUCGGUGGGAAACCGUUGAGUGCGUUCGCGGUGCCGAGCGCGGAGCUGGAGGAGGCGAUGAGCGCGUUGGAGGAGAUGGUGGAGGUGAUGUCCAAGCUCGAGGUUGAACAGGAAAAAUUGCGCGCGGCGCCGGCGGCGAUGGCGGGGAGGUGGGACAGCUUGUUCGACGAUCCCGACGCCGCGCGGGCUGAAUUGGAAAAUAAGUUUGCGGACUUGGGCGCGCGCGUGGAGGCGCGGUGUCGGGAGAUGGCGGCGUAUCUUCCGUACGGCUCUCGCGCCGAAGCCGAGCGCGCGCUGGAGCAAGCCGAAGACGCGCUCGAGGCGGCAGAGGAGGAUCAGGGGGAGACCCAAGUCGGCGCGAGGUUACGUCCACUCGGACGCAGGGUGGGGAGAUUCACCUCGCGACGCGUGCGAAGCGCGGAGGGCGUCCUCGGGGAGGGUCUAGAGCAGCUCAAGGCGAGCCCGCGCGAGUCCAUCAAGAGCGCGGCGCAGUACUCGCGAGGAGUUUGGGCGCGUAUUAACGGGCUUAACAUAGGAGACUCGGGCGUCGUAGAAGUUUUGAAGGCAUAUCCCGUUCCGAGAGUGCCGCGAGAGAAGCGCGAGGCGCGGGUGCUACGCCUGACUAUAGAGGUGCAGGAUAGAGACAAGGCGUUGACCGAGGCGCAGCGAGCGCGCGACGCCAUCAUGGCGCAAGGGCGUAACUCUGCGCUUUCGCGCGUCGCGCUCGGAGACAAGAUACGUGAUAGCGACGAGAAGGUAUCGACGCUUCGUCGUGUCUUUGCGGUGCGUACGUUACAAAUGGAGAUGGAGCGCAUCAUGUUGGCGCUCGAGGAAGAAGUGGCGGCGCCGCCGGAUACGCUUUCCAGGGGAGAAAUGAAGGACAUGCGUCUCAUGGUCGCCGAGUUUGGCGUCAUGGACUUGUCCUUGCGAAGGUUAAUAUCUCUCGUCGAUCGCCAACAAUCGCAGCUCAUCGACGACGAAGCUUUAUCAAAGUUGGCCAUGGAAAUUCCCGACAUGAAGUCGAGAUUGGCCAUUUCCGACGAACCCAACGUAGCGAUGUCGCUGGAUAUGAUGCGAGAGCGCAUGUCACUGACGGUUAACGAGUCGGUGGAAACCAUUCGCGAAGCUGGAACUUUCCUCGUGCGUGGUGUUAGGUUGCUGGGUUCAGACAUCGGAACCUCGGUUCGUCUCUUCUUGCGCGCAGCGUUCGGCACCACCUUGCGCCCGCGCGAGGUGCAAGUCUUGCGCCGCACAUUUUUGGACGUCUUCACAUUCGUACCCUUCAUGAUAAUCCUCAUCACGCCCAUCACCCCCGUCGGUCACGUCUUGGUGUUUGGUUUCAUUCAAAAGUACUUUCCGCAGCUCUUUCCAUCGCAGUUCACCACGCGAAGGCAAGAGUUGAUGCAAAAGUACGAAGAACUCAAGGAUCAACUCGCCAUGGCAGAAGAGCAAGCUGACGCGGCGAAUGAAAGCGAGGCCCUUCGUCGCGCCGUCGCCGCUGUGAGUUCGGUUCGAGGCAUAAUUAGCGGCGCCGUCUCCGACGCCGCCGACGCUCUCGCGGGCGGCGUCGACGAGGAAGCCCAGAGCAAGCUCGAGCAACAGCGCGUCAACGCGCUCCGCGCCGAGCUAGACGAAACCGAGAUUCGGCUCAACGAAACUAGCGACGACGACGACGAAGAACCCAAGACGGCGUCGGCGAAGAAGAGCGAUUAAAUUCGACGAGCGAGCUUUCGUCCACACAGUAUCGCAGCACCACUCAUGACUCAAAAGCUUUAGCCUGAAU